AUGGGCUACUGCCAGGGUGUGAGCCAGGUCGCUGUUGUCCUGCUGAUGUUCCCCAAGGAGAAAGAGGCCUUCUUGGCACUAGCUCAGCUGCUGACCAGCAAAAACCUGCCAGACACUGUAGAUGGACAGCUGCCUAUGGGGCCUCACAGCCGGGCCAGCCAGGUGGCUCCAGAGACAACAUCAAGCAAGGUGGACCGGGGUGUCUCCACAGUGUGUGGGAAGCCUAAGGUGGUGGGGAAGAUCUAUGGUGGCCGGGACGCAGCAGCUGGCCAGUGGCCAUGGCAGGCCAGCCUGCUCUACUGGGGCUCGCACCUCUGUGGAGCUGUCCUCAUCGACUCCCGCUGGCUGGUGUCAACUGCCCACUGCUUUCUCAACAAAUCCCAGGCCCCGAAGAACUAUCAGGUUCUGUUGGGAAACACCCAACUGUAUCAUCAAACCCAGCACACCCAGAAGAUGUCUGUGCACCGGAUCAUCACCCAUCCAGACUUUGAGAAGCUCCACCCCUUUGGGAGUGACAUUGCCAUGUUGCAGCUGCACCUGCCUAUGAACUUCACUUCCUACAUUGUCCCUGUCUGCCUCCCAUCCCGGGACAUGCAGCUGCCCAGUAACGUGUCCUGUUGGAUAACCGGCUGGGGAAUGCUCACCGAAGACCGUAAGAGGGGCCCUGUACAUACAGCUGUCCCCUCUAGGCUUCAAGCAGUGUGUUGUUCUGGGUGUAGAGGGCAGAGGGUGGGUUCACAUGUUGAUAGAUUGAGAUCCAUGAUUGUCCACUCUGAGGGUCAGCUCAGGAGCUUGAUGCCUGGAGAUUUCUAUCUGGGUGAUUCUGGGGGGCCUCUAGUCUGCUACCUCCCCAGUGCCUGGGUCCUGGUGGGGCUGGCCAGCUGUGGCCUGGACUGCCGGCAUCCUGCCUACCCCAGCAUCUUCACCAGGGUCACCUACUUCAUCAACUGGAUCAACGAAAUCAUGAGGCUCACUCCUCUUUCUGACCCCGCGCUGGCUCCUCACACCUGCUCUCCACCCAAGCCUCUGAGGGCUGCUGGCCUGCCUGGGCCCUGCACAGCCCUUGUGCUGCCACAGACCUGGCUCCUGCUGCCACUUACCCUCAGGGCCCCAUGGCAGACCCUGUGAUGACCGCAGAGCCUC